AUGGCACCUGCGAGGUUCACAGGAGCACCGUUGAACCCGCAUUGUCUUGUGCAGGAUAAGAAAAAGAAGAAGGCUGACAGCAGUGAUAACGACUCUGACGAUGACGAUGAGAGCAAGGAGAAGGAGAAAGCCAAAGAGAAGGCAGAGAAGGAGCCGCGGCCCUGCGUGCUUGGUGCUGAACUAGCACCAUGUGCAUGGGAAACAUUCGGGAAGCUUCAGAUCCACCAAAGACAGGCGCUGGAUCUGCAUGAGUCCAUGACUCUGUCCCUGCAGGAUGAUGAGUCCAAGUCAGAUGACGUGGAGGAAGUGAAGCCGGAGGACCCCAGCAAGAAGCUGGAGGAGGAGGCUCGCAAAAAGGCCGCGAAGGCCGCCGAGGAGGCCCAGGCGGCCGCCGCGAAGCUCGCGGCGGAAAAGGCAGAGGCGGCUGCCAGGCAAAAGCAGCGGGAAAGCCUUACAAAGGCCGCAGCGAGCGCGGCGAGCGCCGCAACGGCAGCCGCCGCCGAAGCGGAGGAAGCUGCUGGCGUCGCCAAGGCCAAAAAAGCCGAAGCCGACAAGGCGGAGAAGCACUCUGCUUCCAAGGCUGGCAAGGCGAAGGAGCUGGAGGACAGGGCGAAGGCAAAGGAGGAGGAAGCCAAGAAAGCCGCGAAGGAGGCCGCCGACGCAAGAGAAGAGGCCAAAAAGGCCCGGGACGAUGCGGAGGUGAAGGAGUCUUUCUACCAGGAAGCCGCGUCGGACCAUCGGAACAAGAUAGCGGCAGCCGAGAAGGCCAAGGCAUCUGCAGCGUCGGCCGCGGAGGCCCUCAGCAGCUUCGAAGCGCAGCAUCUUCCCAAGCCGGCGGAGGUUCCGGUUGAGGAGAAGAAGAGGAAAAAGGAGGACGUGGAAGAGAAGGCCAAAGACGAGGCAAAGCCCGAGAAAAAGGAGAAAAAGUCCAAGGAUGACGCUGAAGACAGCGACAAAAAGGAAAAGCCGAAAAAGGCGAUCCUCACCCCAGCAUCGGCCGUUUCUGACGAGAAGAAGGACGAUGAUGAUGGCUCCAGUGGAGAGACAGACAAGGUGGAGGAAGACAGUGAAGAGGAGGAAGAGGACCACCUCGGGCUUGCCUGA